GACUUAGAAGUAAUUAGCCUUGUAGUUAAGCUGCCAAAUUGGCAGGAAGCUAUAAUGCGGCAUUAGGAAAAAGUUUUCGAAAAGGUGUAAAAAGGAAAGAAAAAAGUUCGUGUAUAAAUGAAAAUAUGCUGAAAAGUAAAUAUUGAGUGAAACGUGCUGAAAAUUUCAUGAGCUAAUUUUUGUGUUAUACAUUUUACAAAUCCAUACGUACGUACAAACUCCACCGGGGCGUAGCCACCUGCUGAGCGCUGAAAUAUCAUGCGUCGCUUUGUACCAAUGGCUGUGCAUGUGAAAUAACGGCGCAUAUCCUGUUUAGUUUAUUUAUUCGGUGGAAAAAUCUAUUUUUGUUUCUUAUAUGUGUAUGCAUAUUUAAUGUACAAAAGUAAUUGAAAAAUGUGAACAUGUGGAGCUUACGCUCCAACGCAAAUGCUACAAAAUGAGAAAAUAACAAAAUGCGAUGUCCUUCAACAACAGGAUAUGUGCGGCUAAUUGGCGUUUUUCAUUCACACUGGCAAUUUAAUGUCCGAUAACAACAAUGACGUUGAGACCAUUUCCACUUUGAAACUAAAAAUAGUCAGAUCCUAUACGAAGUAGCUGUGGCAAGGCGAGUGAAGAGAGUAUUUAAAUAAACCGUUGAAACUCAAACUAUUUUAAAAUAUACCGCAAAAAAAGAAAAGAAAGAAAUAAAUUUUGUAAAUAAAAUGCUGCCGUCCCGAGCUAAGUUUCGAAAGUCAUGCGUCACAAAUCCUGAGCAAAUGGAGAGUGAGAAAAAGAAGAGGUUCAAAUUUGACAAGCAGUGAAGAGAGGUCAAACUGGAAAACGCAGAGAUCCAGCAAAACAACAAGACGAAAAGGAAGGCAGCUAAAAGAGUACCUUCAAACAAAUUUCACUGAAGCAACAAUUGUGCGAAAAACUGAAAGAAAAGGAACGAGUGUAAACAAAAAUGUAGCGAAAAAACGAGAGUAACAAAAUAAACGUUUUUCACAAGUGGUGCUAAGAUACUAAAAUAGUGAGAGCAAGCACUUUGUGUAAAGUGAAAGCAAUAUUUGUAAGAAUUAAAAACAGCAUCUAGUUAAAUUCAAUAAAAUAAACAAAUCGCCAGCAUCUUCUCAGCCAGCGCAAAAUCAUCAACUGCCUUUCGCCUGCUACAGCACUCUCUACUCUAUACUCUUUACACCUUCCAUACUCGUACACCCCACUCGUUUAAGCACAACCAUUCAGCCUGGGUUUCGUCAAACGUAAAAGUUCCUCUGCGGAGAGUAUCGCUUUUGCGACCGUCGGUGAGAGUAAUUACGGUGGGGCCGAGGGUGGUGGGAGCGGUGCUGCAGCUGCUGCUGGCACUUCGUCGUCGUCAUCGUGCUACGCAUCGGGACGUCGAAAAAGUAGCGCAACUGCUGCUGAAGAGCGGGCCAUACGUCGUCAAAAUCGUAUACGUGAACGUGAACGUCAGGCGGAGGCACGUCGACGACGACGUGACACAAUGUCCUUUCGUAACGUUUAUCGGUCGCUGCGUAUGCGUUUGAGCAAUGAUGAAGACCUCACAACAACAGCGCCAGCGGCCGAUGAUGCGGAUAGACGAAUCAUUUUCUUGAAUCGACCGCAAAUACAGAAAUUUUGCAACAAUCACAUAUCAACUGCGAAAUAUAGUUUUAUAAGCUUUUUACCAUCGUUCCUUUUUGAACAAUUUAGACGUUAUUCGAAUUGUUUUUUCCUAUUAAUUGCAUUAUUACAACAAAUUCCUGAUGUAUCGCCGACGGGUCGCUAUACAACACUGGUACCAUUAAUAUUUAUUUUAUCGGUGAGCGGCAUUAAAGAGAUCGUCGAGGACAUUAAACGUCAUCGUGCGGAUAAUGAAAUUAAUCAUCGCAUGGUGGAAGUGUUACGUGAUGGCAGUUGGACCUCGGUACGAUGGCGUGAUAUCGGUGUGGGUGAUAUUGUAAAAAUACCAAAUAAUAUGUUCUUUCCCGCUGAUAUAUUGUUGCUGUCAUCGAGUGAACCUCAGGCAAUGUGUUUCAUAGAAACUGCAAAUUUGGAUGGUGAAACAAAUUUGAAAAUACGUCAGGGAGCAACAGCAACAGCAAAAUGUCUGGAAACCAAAGAUCUGCUACAGUUGGACGGCACCGUCGAAUGUGAGCUGCCAAAUCGACAUUUAUAUGAAUUCAAUGGUGUACUCAAAGGGGAAAAUAAACCCACCGUUGCUCUCGGCCCCGAUCAGAUAUUGCAACGCGGCGCAGUUUUACGCAACACCGCUUGGAUAUUCGGUGUCGUCAUCUAUACCGGACACGAUACGAAACUUAUGAAAAACUCUACCUCAGCACCUUUAAAACGUUCAACCGUGGACACUGUGACGAACACACAAAUAUUAAUGUUGUUCGUUAUUUUGGUUGUUUUGUCAUUGACCAGUGCGAUAUUGAACUUUUUUUGGACGCGCGAUAAUGCGAAAAUGUUUUGGUAUUUGGGCAUAAAUGAGGACAUUAAAAGUAAAAACGCUGGCUAUAAUUUGUUGACAUUCUUCAUUCUUUAUAACAAUCUCAUACCGAUAUCUUUGCAAGUGACGCUGGAAUUAGUGCGUUUUCUGCAGGCCAUCUUCAUCAAUUUCGACAUACACAUGUACUAUGCCGAGACCGAUACACCCGCAAUGGCGCGCACUUCGAAUCUCAAUGAGGAACUGGGCAUGGUGAAGUACAUAUUCUCCGAUAAGACUGGCACACUCACACGCAAUGUUAUGGUUUUCAAGAAGUGUUCGGUGGCGCGUUAUAUGUACGAACCGGGUAAUACGCCAGAGGAAUCAACAAUUGUACAGAAUUUACUCGGCAAUCACAACACCGCACAUGUCAUCAAAGAAUUCCUCACGCUACUCGCCGUUUGUCACACUGUCAUACCUGAGAAAUUCGACGAUGGCACCAUUAUCUAUCACGCUGCCAGUCCUGAUGAGCGUGCCAUUAUCGAAGGUGCACGCAUGUUUGGCUACAUCUUUGAAUCACGCACUCCCCACUAUGUUGAGAUCAAUGCGCUCGGCAUGAUUGAACGCUAUGAAAUACUCAAUGUGCUCGAAUUCACUUCGACACGCAAACGUAUGUCGGUUAUAGUGCGCACGCCCACUGGUGAGAUCAAACUGUACUGUAAGGGCGCAGAUACAGUGAUCUAUGAGCGACUCUCGCCCGAUGGGCAGGUGUAUCGCGACACCACGCUGCAACACUUGGAAGAAUUCGCUUCGGAGGGUUUGCGUACACUUUGCUGUGCUGUGUCGUUGAUACCCGAAGAUGUGUACAAUGAAUGGAAGGAGACGUAUCACAAAGCGUCAACAGCAUUGCAGUAUCGUGAGCGCAAAGUGGAAGAUGCCUCCAAUUUGAUUGAGAACAAUUUGGUGUUGUUGGGUGCAACAGCGAUUGAGGACAAGCUGCAGGAGGGCGUACCAGAGACGAUAGCAUCACUGCUAGACGCUGGCAUUUAUAUAUGGGUGCUGACGGGCGAUAAGCAGGAGACAGCGAUCAAUAUCGGAUACUCAUGCAAACUUAUAUCACACUCGAUGGAUAUAAUUAUACUCAAUGAGGGCAGCUUAGAUGCCACCCGCGAUAUUAUACACCGCCACGUGGACGAGCUGAAAAGCACAGAUAUGAAAGAGUGCAAUGUAGCGCUUGUGAUUGAUGGUCAAACGUUGAAAUAUGCAUUAAGCUGUGAUUUGAAGCAAGAAUUUUUGGAGCUCUGCUUGGUGUGCCGCGUGGUGAUUUGCUGUCGCGUCUCGCCAAUGCAAAAGGCAGAGAUUGUCGAAUGCGUUACGCAGGCCACUGGCGCUGUCACGCUCGCUAUUGGUGAUGGCGCUAACGAUGUAGCCAUGAUACAAAAGUCACAUGUGGGCGUUGGCAUUUCAGGCGUUGAAGGGCUGCAGGCAGCCUGCGCCUCCGACUAUUCGAUAGCACAAUUUCGUUACUUGAAGCGUUUGCUGCUGGUGCAUGGCGCUUGGAAUUAUAGUCGCAUCACAAAAUUGAUACUCUAUAGUUUCUACAAGAAUGUAUGCUUGUAUGUGAUUGAGCUCUGGUUUGCGAUCUAUUCCGGUUGGUCGGGACAAAUUCUAUUCGAACGUUGGACCAUUGGCUUAUAUAAUGUCAUGUUUACCGCUUUGCCGCCAUUCGCUUUGGGACUUUUCGAUAAAGUUUGUUCGGCGGAUACGAUGUUGAAAUAUCCGCAAUUGUAUAAACCAUCACAGGAUGCCAAACUCUUUAAUGUCAAGGUGUUUUGGGUAUGGAUACUUAAUGCGCUGUCGCAUUCUGUGUGGCUCUUUUGGCUGCCGAUGCUAAUGACGCGUGAAUCGGUGUGGUCCGAUGGCAAGACGAGCGACUACCUGGUGCUGGGAAACAUUGUGUACACGUAUGUUGUCGUCACUGUUUGCCUAAAAGCCGGUCUAAUUACCAACUCGUGGACAUGGAUGACGCACGCUUCAAUUUGGGGUUCUAUCGUUAUGUGGUUCAUUUUCAUGGCAAUUUAUAGUAAUUUCUGGCCCACCAUAAUGUUGGCACCGAUCUUCUUGGGCAUGGAUCGCAUGGUAUUCUCUACAUUCGUUUUUUGGCUGGGUCUUUUGCUCAUACCCAUAACGACGCUAUUGCCCGAUGUGCUGUUUACAAUCGUACAUAAUACUGUAUUCAAGUCACUCACAGAGGCCGUUCGAGAAUCAGAGAUACGUCGCUAUGAUCCUGAAAAUGUGAUACGAGAAUCGAAAACAUCCUUAUCGGUUACGGUGACCGCUUGGCGUCGCAUUACCUCCGUGGAAGCAUUUCGACGACGUCCCAAUCAUGAAACACGCCAACAACAACAACAGCAGCAGCAUCAACACCAACAAGAUGUUGCGGCGGAACCAUUACAGGAGCAUAACUACAAUAAAUACGAGUAUGGCAAUGCAGCAAACAAAGCGCCAGGCAAUCGCAGCUCUGUGAUUACUGUGGAGAAUUUGGAAACCGAUGAUGAGCAACAAUGGAAGAGUGAUACAACGGCCUCAGCUUCGACGACAAUGACAACAUUGCAUAUUUAAGGGGAAGGAAUCGCGAAUUACAGCGAAGCGCAAAGCAACUGGAGCAGGGAGAGGAAAAGGUUGUGGAGCGUAAAAAAAUAAUAUAAACAGCAAGAAAUGAAGUGGGGGCGGAAAGAGUAAUAAAAAAGCGUUGUAAAAAUAUAAUAAGUGGACUAUAUCAGGAAGUGUUUUGGGGGGGAAGUAAAUAAAAAACCAGUUCAAAGAAAAAAGGCCACCCUGCGGUUAAAAUGAUAGAAAAAGAUGUGUGUUUUUAGAUUUUAAGUUGUUUAAGUGUGAGCAGCCACUAAAAAAAAACAUAGUCAUAAAACAUUUACAUAGUUAUGAAAUAUAUACGUAUGUCUGUUGCCAAUAUAAAUAUUUUUUAGAAAGAAUUUGUACCAAGUGUUAUUUGUUAAAUGUAUGUAUAUAUGUAUGUAUAUUCUUGAGUACCGGUAGCUAAACUUAAUCAUAGGUGUAAAUGAAAGCAAACAACUUUUGUAGCGAUGCAGUUGUAUGUACUUAAAUAUUUUUUAAUGUUAAAUAAGGAAAACUUUCAUAUUAUAUAAUAUACAUAAGAUGCUACAUAAACUUUCUAUAUCUAUAUUUAUAUACGAAGAAUAUAUAUGUACACAUAACAUAUAUUUUUAAACUCAAUCUAAACACAUCUUGUACCUUCAAUGUAGUAAUACAUAUAUUCCAUUGACAACGAAUACUAUAGCGGCUACAUAAAAAUUGAUGACUUUA